CAUAUUGGAUAGCUAAUAAUAAUGCUGGUCAAACUACUAGAGAUAAUUUAGAUUUUAGUGACGAUGAUUUGGAGAAUUCUGAUAAAGAAAAUAUUAGUGAUAAUAAUGAUAAUUUCAAGUAA